CAUGAAGUUGAACAAUUCUGAGGUAUCACAAUAAAGAAACAGUGAGAGAAGAGAGAAGGCAAGGCUGUGCUUGUUGCAUAUCCUUGAUGGGUAAUAACAGGUUCAGAUUGUCUGAUAUGAUGCCAAAUGCAUGGUUCUAUAAGCUCAAAGAUAUGAGCAAAUCAAGGAAGAAAAAUGGCCCUCAUGUUAUGAAGAACAAAGUUACCUCACCAACAACCUCCCAAAGGUCACAACCAAGAUACUCUCACUGUUUCUCCAUUGAACCGAACAUAGCUGGUAAGUUAUACAACUCUCCUAUUUACACUAAGCACUCAGACAACAUAUUCAUUGAUUCACCAAGAAGAUCAUCUAAAAGAAGAACCAAGAGAAAAACCAUUUAUAAGCCUUCUCCCACAGUUGUCUCUUCACCAGUCAUAGAAAGUUUUAGUUCUCAUUCCACAAAUUGGAUUAAGCCAAAUCCACCUCACUCUUCUGACUAUUAUCUCUCCUCCUCCCAGAGUUCUUAUGAAUCAAACUUCCAUGAAUAUGUUUCAUCUGAGUCUGAGUGUGACAAGUUCACUAUUCCUGGCCUGCUUAAUGGAGUAGCCUCUGAAUGCAGUUGUAGAAUUAGCUCUUCCACCAAUGACAUCAUCAUUGACAUGAAAAAUGAACCACUCACUGGAAAUUCUCAAAAUCUUGAUGGGUUUGACACAAUUUCACAAUUAGGCCUUCCUCCAAUAUUGACAAAGCCAGUGAAGUUUGAUGAUAAGGUCAUUGAAGCCAUUGAGUUGAGAAGAUCAACUAAAUUUGAUGAGGUAAAUUCUCAUCAAUCUCAAGCUGUUAAAGUUAGCAAAGAGGAAAGCAGUAGAACUAAGAGAGACAGAAAAACCAGUCCAAUAUGUAGAAUUUCCUCUGCUAAUUCUACUGGUAUAAGACUUAGAGUCAAUUCUCCCAAACUUGCAAGCAAGAAAGUUCAAGCCUAUUCAAGAAGGAGUGUUUCAUCCAAAGCAGGCAAGGCCUCAGUGGAUACAGGGUUUCCAGAGGGAUUUGCUGUUGUUAAGUCCUCACUUGAUCCACAAAGAGACUUCAGGGAAUCAAUGGUGGAGAUGAUAGUGGAGAACAAUAUCCGAGCAUCAAAAGAUUUGGAGAACUUGCUUGCAUGCUAUCUUUCACUGAAUUCAAGGGAAUACCAUGAUCUCAUUGUCAAAGCAUUUGAGCAAAUUUGGUAUGACAUGGCUCUACUUGGAAUGUAAAGAUUUUAGAAUUAUCCAAUGCAUGUGUAUAGUCUUGUAAGUAACACUUCUCUGGACCAACUUUUGUUCUGAACUCUCAUAUAAUGCUGUAUCAAUCUUUCACAAAUUAAAAAAUGUAGUUGCCAAAA